CUCAAAAAAUGAAUAAAUUAAGUAAAUCCCAGAUUAUUAUUCACAGGGAGAAGUCUGUUAAUUAUCAGUUGAAAGAUUGUCAAUGGAUUCACAACUCAGCUAAAUUCACAGCUGUUGGUGGCAAACCAAACUUGAAAGGUGUUAUAAACAUAUAUAGGUUGGAUGAUAAUGACAUACAAACUGUUCAAGAAUAUGAGAAAUCAAUUGCCAUUGAAUGUGCUACGUUUCAAUCGAGUUCUAUCAAUAAAACACAUUUGGCAGUUGGAAACUUUGAAGGUGACUUAGAGAUUGUGGACUUAGAGUAUUCCGCUAAGUCACUCUAUUCAGUAAAAGCUCAUCAAGGUCUUAUAUAUUGUAUUGAUGGUAUUGGUGGGCUUGGAAUUGGGUGCGGAGCUCCUGAAUUAGUAACAGGUGGGAAAGACGGUUCAGUAAAAAUAUGGGAUCCAAGAGAAAAAUUACCAGUGGCAAAAAUGGAAACUGCGAUUGGUGCUACAAAGAGAGAUUGUUGGACAGUAGCAUUUGGAAAUGCUUACAACUCAGAAGAACGAAUUGUUUGUGCUGGUUAUGAUAAUGGUGACAUAAAAAUGUUAGACUUAAGAGCAAUGGCAUUACGCUGGGAAACCAACGUAUCAAAUGGAGUUUGUAGUUUAGAAUUUGAUAGAAGAGAUAUUAAAAUGAAUAAAUUAAUAGUCACAACAAUAGAAUCACAUUUUUAUGUAUUCGAUAUUAAAGUUCAACAUCCUACAAAAGGUUUUGGUUACAUAAAAAAUAAUGUACACAAACACACCAUUUGGACUGUAAGACAUUUACCACAACAUCGAGAAAUUUUUACUACAACUGGAGGAAACGGUUCAAUAUACUUGUGGAAAUAUAUGUAUCCCGAAGAUAGAUAUAUAACUGAAUCUGAUGGAGACAAGAUAACAAAUCCAGGAAAAUUACAAUUGAUUCAAAAUCAGUUAAUAUCAACUCAACCAAUCAAUAAUUUUCGAUGGUGUUCGAGCAAAUUAGGUCUAGCACUGUCUACAUCAUUUGAUCAAAAUAUUAGACUAUUAAUUUUCACAAAACUUAACUUGUAUUAAGCUCAUUCUUAUCAUUUUUUUUUUAAUAUAAUA